AUGGACACCUUCGUGAGGUCUGAGUUUGACACCCCCUCCUUUUAUGACCUUGGGGAUAGCAACUAUGAUCCAGCAGAAACUUACAACCUUCAUAAUGAUAGUCAGAGAAUGCCAACUAUUGUUGAAGAGAAUUCAAUGAGAGAUGAUGAUAACUUUGAGCCUCCUCCAACUUUUGCAGAGAAGGAUUCAUGGAGCUUCACUGAUAUUAAGCCGAGGAAAAGAAAUGUGGUCAAAAAGACAGUAGGAAAGAACAAGAAAAGGACUACAUUCAAGAGUAAUGAUGCGAUGAAGUAUAUUGAUCAGAUCAAUCGGACUCAUAAUGCAUCUAUGAACCAAAAGUUGAAUGAUGAGAUUUACAAUACGUAUAAGAUGACUGUUGACGAGGACAUCAACGAUUUUGAAAGCUCAAAACUGUACAGAAGAGCUAGCCAGGGGAAGAUCAGAGGCUAUACCAAUAUUACUAGCAAGAACAAGGAAGACCUGAUUCAGAUGGUUGAAGAUCUCAAGAAUAAGAUCAACCAAAAAGACAGGGUAAUCAAAAGUCUCAAAGUACGGAACAACAAAAUGAAGAUGAACAAAGAUGAGACUACAGGUGUAUUGAUUAAAAGCGAGGUUGGUCAAAGACCCAAGAGCGGGCAUCAUCUGUCUCAAUCAACUAGCUUUCUUGCCAUUCCCAAGGACAAAGAAAGAUUGGAGGAAGAGAUCCGUCAUCUUAAAUGAGAGUUAAACCAAGAGAAAACUGAUAAGACUUUGCUUAAAACUGAGUUUAACCGCUUAAGAGAAUUUUUAGGGAAGAUAAAGAAAGAGCGCAUGAGUGAGGCAAGAAGAAAUCCUCCACCUAAAAAAGUUUCAAAAACUAAGAACUUGGAUUUGGAUGAGAUUUUGAGUGAAUCAGACUCCUGUAAAAAUAACGGGACUGGGGUUACUCCUCAAGAGGAUAAAGCAACUAAGCUUAGGUUGCAAAUAACAAAACUUCAGACUAGAAUCACCGAUCUAAAAGCACAACUCUCUGGAAAGGACGAAAUAAUCGGGAAGUUGAAGUCCAAGAGCAUAAAUGAAGUUGAAAUGAGCACUAGGCUUCGUAAAAGCCUUCUAAAUGCCCAAAAUGUAAUCGACAAGCUUAAAACCAAGAUUGUUGAAGAGAAGAUCCAGGUUAAAAAGACCAGAGAAGAUAAAUAAAUUAGAAGAAAUCCUUGAAGAAGUUGAAGCAGAAGCAGCCAAACAGGCUAAAAUAGAUGCCCAACAGAGAGCCGAGAGACAGAAACUCAUAGAUGCUGAGAACCAACAAAUUCAGCAGAGAAGUCUCACUCAGGGUGUCACAACCAGGAUCGAAGGAGCAUUUACCCCUCAGAAACAACUUGUAGCACAAGAGUUACUGGAAAGGAAUAAAGGAAGACCAGAUCUAGCUCCAAGUGAGUUCACACUAGGAGAUAACAGGAUUGACUACAAAGUUGAUAAGACACAAGAAUUCGAUGCCCUUGAAAGUGACCAGGAAUUCCCAGAUACACCUGAGAAGAAGGAGGAAACUAAAGAGGCUCCUAUCUUGGACGAAGAACCUCAAGAGUUUACUCAUAGGCUCGAUGAACCUGCCGAGACUGAUGACAGCCAAGUUUUGGAGCCAAGACAGUUUAAGAUAGGAGAUGACAGAAUUGAAUUCCAAGUUAAUCCCAGUCAGAGUGAUAAGUUUAGUGAGACUGAGGAUAUGAGAAGUGUUGCUGAGAGCUCACAAGCUGAAGGACUGUUUGAAGCAGCUCAGAAAUUUGAUGGAGAUCAGAACUUAAACCUUCCUGAUAUGGUUCAACCUGUGGCUUCUCAAGCUUCAAUUGGAAUUCAAGCAACAGCUGCUGAACUUCCUCCUGAAGAGUUAAAGAAGAUAGAAGAGAGAGAAAAUGUAAGGAAUUUGGUGAAUGCUACUAUCUCUGCAUGGAGCGCCCAUCCAGAUAUGGCAAGGAAAGAAAUAGAUACUCAAUAUGAGGUCAUCAGAAAAUACAAGAAUAAGAUUGAAGACCUUCAAUGUCAGUUAAGUCUUAAGUCUCAGGAAAUUGAGAAGAAAAUGAAGAUAGAUAACAUCAGAACACUUGAAAAUAAGAAGAAAGAACUUGAGAGAGAAAAUGUGAUCUUACUUGAACGUGAGAAGAGAAGAAUAGCUGAGCUUAAACUUAGGUCAAAGAAUAAACCCAGGAAAUGGGACAGAUAUUAA